AUGUCUUCACGGACAGCCCGGCCGUCCAAGAAACACACUUACUCGUCUACCUCCUCCGACUCCGACAUCUCCACCUCGUCAUCCUCAACUCGCAUCAGCAUGGACGCUGUUCACCCUGUCGCAUACGUCGAGGUCCUCCGCUGCAUGCGUUGUGCCAAAUCAACCGAGCUGACAUCAACCGACGAUGCUGCUGCGAAUGGCAUGAUCCAAGUCGGUACAGGCAUAUACUACUGUUCGAGGUGUGCCAAGAUUGUGGGAUAUGCAUGA